GUCCUGCUUUCUCAGCUGGUAGUCCAGGCAUUACCCCUCCCCCGGCGGCGGCAUUGGCGGCCGUGUUGUUGUCGCGGUGGCUGCGGUCGCCUGACCCUGUGCGUCGCUACUGCGGGCCGGACCAACCGCUUUACCGCAGAAAAAGCAUGUGAGGACACUGAAGGCAGCCGUCUACUAGACAGGAAGACAGGAAGAGAGUCCUCACCAGAAACUGACCAUGCUGGCACCUUGAUUUUGGAUUUCCAGCCUCCAGUACCUGAAGAAGUGUUGAAUGCAGCCUGGAGAGAUGUACUGAGUUUCAGUUUAAAAAGCUUUCACCAGACUUUUGGUUACUCAAUUUGGACUGUUUUCUCUAAAUGACUUUCAUUGACUCAAGGAACUACUGAUAACAUUUAAACUUAAGGAUUAAUUUAUUUUUGGAAAUCAAGUGCAAUAUUAAAACGAAAACAAACCAUACUACAUUAUUGGAAGCCAUUUCUUCUAAUUUUAUUGCAUUUUAAAAUUUAUGAUUUGAUUUGAAUACUAUCAUGGGAGGAGCUGUGAGUGCUGGGGAAGAUAAUGAUGACUUAAUUGAUAACUUAAAAGAAGCUCAGUAUAUCCGCACUGAAAGAGUGGAACAAGCCUUCAGAGCGAUUGAUCGCGGAGAUUACUAUUUGGAAGGCUACCGAGACAAUGCUUACAAAGACUUAGCCUGGAAGCAUGGGAACAUACACUUGUCAGCACCUUGCAUUUAUUCUGAAGUUAUGGAAGCAUUGAAACUUCAACCAGGAUUGUCUUUUCUUAACCUGGGAAGUGGAACCGGAUAUUUAAGUACAAUGGUGGGCUUAAUUUUAGGUCCUUUUGGAAUAAAUCAUGGAAUUGAGCUUCAUUCAGAUGUGGUGGAAUAUGCCAAGGAAAAACUGGAGAGCUUCAUCAAAAAUAGUGAUAGCUUUGAUAAAUUUGAGUUCUGUGAACCUGCAUUUGUGGUUGGUAAUUGCCUCCAGAUAGCAUCUGACAGUCAUCAGUAUGACCGAAUUUAUUGUGGAGCUGGAGUCCAGAAAGACCAUGAAAACUACAUGAAAAUAUUACUAAAAGUGGGAGGCAUUCUAGUCAUGCCUAUAGAAGAUCAGUUAACACAAAUUAUGCGAACUGGACAAAACACUUGGGAAAGUAAAAAUAUUCUUGCUGUUUCAUUUGCUCCACUUGUGCAGCCAAGUAAGAAUGAUAAUGGCAAACCAGAUUCUGUGGGACUCCCUCCCUGUGCUGUCAGGAAUCUACAGGACUUGGCUCGUAUUUACAUUCGACGCACACUUAGAAAUUUCAUAAAUGAUGAGAUGCAGGCCAAGGGGAUUCCUCAAAGGGCUCCACCCAAAAGGAAAAGAAAGAGAGUUAAACAGAGAAUUAACACUUACGUAUUUGUGGGUAAUCAGCUUAUUCCUCAGCCUCUAGACAGUGAGGAGGAUGAAAAAAUGGAAGAAGAUAACAAAGAAGAGGAAGAGAAAAAUCACAGUGAAGUAAUGAAGCCAGAAGAGCCACCUCAGAAUUUACUGAGAGAAAAAAUCAUGAAGCUCCCCCUCCCUGAAUCUUUAAAAGCUUACUUGACAUAUUUUAGAGAAAAAUAACUUAAAUCAAGAAGAAAGAAAGCCUACUGAUAAUUCCUUUAGUCUUGAAAAUGUAGCAUUUGUUAGAAGAGAGAAAUGUUUCUUUCACAAGAGUGAAUUAUGGUGGAAAAAAAGUAUAAUUUGUUUCUGUCUUAGUAAUAAAAAUGAAGUAUUCAGUGAUUUAAAACAAACAAAAAAAAUCCCUUUUAUAAAAUAUAUUUUUCUUUAAAUCUUGGAAAAAUUGCUGUUUUAACUCUGUGACUUCAAGAGUGGAAUUCAACAAAUAGUCAAACUGUGUACUGUAAAUCCUUUUCUGAUUCCUUACAGAUUUGUAGUGGUGAGGGUUAGAUUUAAUUUUAUAUAAAGUUAAAUAAUUGUUAAGCAUAUAUAAUCUUAUUUGAAUUGCAGUUGUUUGCAUUUCCUCUAUGAAAACUUUCUUACUGUCAUAAGGAAAUCAAAUGCUUUGUAAACCCACUUACCUUACUUUUUUGCAAUCACUAUUGCUGAGUUGCUAUAGAUGUAUUCCGGGCAUAUAUGAGUGCAAUAACAAUACAGAUGUUGAAUAAUUUAGCUUUAAAAACAGGUUUCAUGGUAUUCAACAGCACUGCUACUUUUGCUUUUGAAUCUGUUGCCAAAAGACAUGGAGAAAAUAUCUGCUUCUCUCAUAGAGAUUUUAAGAGCACAUCAAGUGAAUAUGAAAGUAAAAAGUAUAUACUUAAUACAACUCGUAAUUUGUAUGGACCCUUUACAUUUUCGGUAUUUAAAAAUAAUGAGGUUAUAUUACUCUCUGGAGUUUUAGAAGAUAGUAUACUUAGGACUGUUUUUUCUAUAAUCCAAUGUAUAAAGGAUUUGGUUUUUAAAAAAUCCAUUGUUGAUAGCACAGUGAGAGAAGAAGCAUGAGUGACGGCCACUUCUUGAAUCAUGCUUAGUAGCAUGGCCAGAGCAGAUGUAGUUAGCGGGUGCACUUUAGCAAAUGGAACUUCUAGUUCAUCUGAGUAUUUCUCUUUGACAAAGUAGGGCUGAGCUAGCCUACAUUUGCUUUGAAAUUCAUCUUUGUAUUUAAAGAAAUAUUCACAGAAAUAGUAUGUAGAUGCCUUUUGCUUUGAAAAUCUAGUUCAGAAUCAUAGUAUAAUCUUUGGGACCUAUGCUGUGCUCAUUUCCCAUGUUUUUCUUUUUGGGUGAAAUUACAAUGAUUUUCAUUUUUUGCUUAAUGUCACAUACUUAAACUAUCCAUCAUUUGAAUGUUAGUUGUAGCUUAUCAGUGAUAUCACAGGGUAGUAAAUACCAUUAUUAAUUUCUUUUUAUCCUACUUGGGCCUGAAAACAGUCAUUCCUUGUUAAGAAGGUAUGCAUUAUAACAUAUUUAGUAAUUAGUGUUACAAGGAUUAUAUAUUUUUUAAAAGGAAAAAAAUAGAGUAUCACUUAUUAUUAUCAGCAUCACUAUUAAAAUAGUUGAUCAAAUAUGCUUAAAGAAACCCAAUCAAUGUAUAGUGAAAGGAUUAUUAUCUCUUUGCAAAGAUUCAAUUACUAGUAAUAUAUAAAUGGUUUCAAAAAUCUCAGCCCUGGUAAUUCCAUACGUCUAAAAACAAGUGUUUGAAAUAUUCUAAGCAUGAACUAACCCAAGUAAAUGAGGAUGUUUUAGUCAUGUGAAAAAUAAUUUCAUGGAAGGUAUUUGUUUUAUACCAGGGACUGAGGCUAGGAGUUGGGGGUAUCUCCAACAAUUUUUCUCAGAUGAUUACUAAGCUGUUAUUGUUAAGAGAUAUUCCAUCUCAUUUCUGUCAAGGAAAAUAAAAUAGUUCCAUACAAUUGUCAUCUAUUAGAAAUGUUCGUUUUCUUUUGAAUUAAAUGUUAGUUUUAGAAGUUUAAUCUUGAGUUCCUGGUGCCCAGGUAUUUUUAUCUAGCCCUCUCCCCCAGACACACACACACA